AUGUCAAAGACAUCCGCCAGUGAGGUUGGUCGUCGUACGAAUAGCGUGCUUGUUUUCUUCUUUCUCACCAGGUUCAUUUGGUGGCCUCAGUGGCCACAAACAAUGCCAAGCACGGUUGAGGAAACCAAUCACUGGGCACAACUUGCUCGCCAGUGGGCAGCUGCCAAUACGGUUCAGCAGCAACUACCACCGCCCCCGCCGCCACCUCCUCCGCCGCCCCCGCCGAGGCCCGUCGAGGCCGAGACGCGGCUUGCAGUCGUUAUGGAAGACCAGGAUGAUCGGGUUCUGGUGCCGCUGCCCCCCUUUGAAGUGAACCACGACACGGAUGAUCGUGUUCUUCCCCCUUCGCACGACUUCUCACACGAUUCAGAUUAUCGUCGGAUGCAACACGGGAGCUUUACGGGUCCUUCCAACCAGUGGCAGGAAGGUCCCCAGGAUUACUAUCCGCCUAGUGAAAAGGGCUAUGUGGACCCGCCUUUGGAUCAGCCGAUUAUCAGGGAGUAUCAUCACACGCACUACGGCCAGCCACCUCGUGGAGAUUUCACGAGACCACCUCCACCCAUUCCUAAUCAACAACAGGGCUACCCUCCGCCUCCUCCCCUCUAUGAGGGUAACAGGCCAUACCCCGCUGAAGCAGUUCCAGAGCAGGACUGGAGUUACGCACGCUGUGCACCAGCGUCGAUGUCGAACCCCAUGGUGGAUGACUUCUCCAUGCCUCCACCAACUCUCUUUCCCAUUAGUCAGCCGCCGCGCCCCCAUUUCGUAAGGCAUCCCCUGCCCCUGCGGCAGCACUUCCCACACUCCAUCCCUGAGCACGUGAUGCCUGCCUUCCAGGAAGCGGCGACGAGCUCGGGUGCUUGGCCACCGAAGGAGACGGGCGAGGCGCGUCGCCGUACUCUGCCCGCCUGGCUGCGUGACGAGUUGGAACGUUUGGAAAAACAGAAACGCAAACAACAGGAGAAACUGGAGGCCAGCGAAGUUCUCAAAGACCGUGAAAGCGGAGGCAGUUUAAGCGCUGGAGGCGAUAUUAGACGCGACGCUGAUGGUGCAGUUGUGAUGGAAGAGGAGGAAAUGGAGGAAGAUGAGGACGAGGAAAGUAGGGGAGGAGGAAGGGACGAUUCCAGCUACGAAGAGGAUGAUGAGGAUAAUUUAGGUAACGUUAGCGCCCAGGGCGCCAACUCCCCUCACGGCGGUUCACCGCGAACAAAGGUCUCGAACUCUGGAUUUGUGGAUGCAGAGCGUGGGCUCGAAGCCCCUCACGUCACCGAGGCGGAGUACUUGGCUAUCUGCGCGCGUCUACCUGAAAACCUUUUCAUACCUGAACUGAAUCGUUGCAUCACCCGAGUUCUGACAGACGUCCUUCUGGAUGUCACAACUAAAUUCGUUCUCGAUGUGGCUGAAGAGGCGUGUCAAGAGGCGCGUAAUGCGUGCAAACGACCGGUCGUCGAUCUAGCUAGUGGUUCGGAGGGGGACCAUGAUAAUACUGACCCCGGUUCAAACGACAGUGAUAACCCUGAACAACUUGGUGUAGGCGUGUUGGGUCUCUCUGCUUAUGCCAGUGAUAGUGACUCCGACAGAGAAGGUGAACAAGAAGCAACUUCCGAAUCUGAAGCAGUUGUUGAACCCCCUACAAAAUUGGAUCCCGACGAAACUCAUCCGAAAGUUGAAGAUCCUAGUGUCAUCACGCCCUCCACGGAGAAUGAAAGAGAGCCAAGCAGGGAUGCUCCAAAACUGCGAGAAGAUAAGGAGAAAAAGAAGGAUACUGAAAAGCACCGCGAUUCGGUCGAGAUGAAGAACAAGAAAAAAACGCCGAAAGACGACAGACAUGAGCAUCCUUCUUCUUCCUCCCCUUCCCUGUCACAGAAUAAAAAACGCACAAGUCGGAGUGCUCAACGCAGAAGCGUUCAAGAAGCCGUCGGCGUUCACGCAGUCGAGAUAUCAAACGUCGAAGGUAUUCACGAAGUCGUAGUACCUCGAGGCGCAGACGUUCACGUAGCCGUAGCCGCAGUCGAUUGCGAAGCAGACGUUUGCGUAGUCGCAGUUAUUCGCGCCGUAGGCAUCAUAGAUCUCCUUCAUCGACGUCCACGUCGUCUUCUUCCUCGUCAUCGUUAUCGUCAUCUCGUCGUGGUAGCAGGAGACGACGUCGCUAAUUUGUUGGUUUUUAGGCAAGUUUGGCCACUUUACCUGAUGACCUUGGUUGAGUUGACUCUCAGCCAUCUACUGAGAGUUACUCAUCUUCCCUUCUCCCUUGACUUAAUUGUGUGA